AUUAAGCUCUUUCAUUUGCUGGCAAAGCUCUCCAUAUAUACUCUUAACUCGAUUAUAAAAUGCUGAUAAUUACAGAUUAAUGAUAGGAUAACAUUUUAUUGUUUACGCUCUGUCGUAAAAUUUGUCUUAUGCCUUAGUUGUAAGUACCGUAAGCUAAGAUGCUUAUUACACAUAAACGGAGAGAAAAAUCGCUUGCUUUAAAGUUGAUAACAAUAUGGCAGACAGAGAAGUGUAUAUGGAAAUAUUUACCUGUUUAGGUGUAAAAAAAUGCAUACAUGUAAUAUAUGUUAUGUACUAGCUCAUACUCUCUUUAGACAGACAGAAAGCUGCAUAAGUAAGUUCAUUCAAGAAUUGAGCGGAUUUGUACUUUUCCCUUACGACGAUAAUUUAUUUGUUAAGUCGAUGAAUAAAUGAUAAAUAUGUAAUAUGCGAGUAUGUAUUAUGUGUGCAAAUACAAACGUAUAUUUCUGCAUGAGCUUCGCCCAGCUGACCACUAAGAGAGCUUUCCCAUUCGGUAAUAUAAACAUAUGUAGUAGUCUGUAAUUGUGCAUGCUUAAAUGUAUAUUUUUCCUCGUGAAUUUAUUCGUUAAAUAAUUGAGACUAACAACUCGCUAUUCGGCAUUUUGUGGUAUCUCAUUUUUCUGGUAUUCUGCUUUCCGUUGGCCGAUUGACUGAUAACUUGUUCGCUUUCUGUUCGACUUUUACCUCUGUGAACUGCUGACGGCUCAGUGUAACUCUGUCGUGUAUUGCGUUCGGUCGAAAUAAUCUUAUGGUUGUGCCGUUUAUAACCUCCUACAUAAGUACAUAUGUAUGUACCACGCAAUUAAAAAAAAAAACUAGAAAACCGAUAAAAAAUAAAUAAAAAGUUUAUGUUAAAAAAAAAAGAACAUAAAGAAAGAUUUGAAAGGUUGUUAGAAUAUACCACUAUGCUUCACCUUUUUCGUGUAAACUGAACACGUUUAAAUACUCGCCAAAAUGAGCGCACCAAGCAACGCAAGCAGCGAGACUGUCACUUCUGAAGAAGACUCCAAAUUAAACAUUCCGCUUAGCUUCGAGGAAAUACAGGAAGGAUCAUUAACAAUUCGAUCGUGCGAAAGCAAAUCUCACGACAAUACAACCUUUGAAAAUGUGGAUACUGAUAACGCCAACCCCAGUAAUUUCAACUGUGAACUCUGGAAUAAUAGUGAAGGCUUUAUCGAUGAAAAUUUACCCAAUUUAAAUGCUACAGAGUAUGAUGCCACCACAGUAAUGGAAGCACUAGUGGAUGAUGUCGAAAAGAAAUCUUGUGAACUGGAAACUGCUAACAUGUCCUUAAAUUCAUUUCAAACAGAGAUGAAUAGUUCAAGCUUAUUUAAACAAAAUAAUUCAAUGCCAGAUGUAGAUAAUGCAGCAACAAUUUCUAGUGGAACACAUCCGGCCUCAAACAGACUUCCUACCCCGAAUAUGUAUAAUGACAGUGUCGUCGUCGAAGAAGAUAUAAAAUAUUCACCAGACGAAAUCAUGCUACAAUCGCCGUCCACAUUUCAGUACAAUUAUAAUUCAACGCUCCUCCCAACAUCAUCACAUCGGACUCCGCCAUAUGGUCAUCCCUUGUCGCCGAUGCAUCAUGUAAUGGACCCGCCUAACUUUCCACGCCCACACCUGCAGCCGCCACAAACACAUGCGCAACCGUUAUAUGGGCAAUUUGCACAUCCAUCGGGAUAUCAUCCAAAUAUGUGGUAUCCAAAUGCACCGUACGGCUCAGCAACAGGCUAUUGUCGACCUUAUGGUGGUAAUCGGUAUCCCAAUUAUGGGACCUAUCCCAACGACCCUAUGUUGGAUAUGUUGCAGCUCUCCAACAGUGGCCGUGAAGCGAGAAAUCGUGCAGAGAAAAAUAGACGUGACAAAUUAAAUGGAUCCAUUCAGGAGCUGUCUACGAUGGUGCCACAUGUUGCAGAAUCUCCCAGGCGUGUUGAUAAGACUGCUGUAUUACGGUUUGCGGCUCAUGGUUUGCGACUACAGUACAUAUUUGGAGGGAGCAAUAAUAAUUCACACUCCGAAUACACGGAUUCAUUAAUGAAAAUGUUGGAUAGGUUUUUUAUAGCGCUAACAUGCCAUGGGCAGAUUGUGUUGAUUUCAUCAAGCGUUGAAAAGCAUUUGGGCCAUUGUCAGACUGAUUUGUAUGGACAAAAUAUUUUAAAUAUUACACAUCCGGAGGAUCACAAUGUAAUGAAACAACAGUUGAUACCUUCCGAUCUCGAUGAGCUUCUCGGCUUAACGGUCGAUGACGAUGAUUCAAGUGAAGCCAGGACUCGAACACCAGAGCAGGAGGAAUACAUCGACAGACGCUUGCGUUCGGACAGACGGAGUUUUACUGUUAGAUUGGCUCGUGCUGGUCCCCGCUCAGAGCCCACUGCAUAUGAAAUAGUCAGGAUAGAAGGAAACUUCAGACGAAGCGAUGCUGCACCGCGCGGCGCGAAAGUAAACACGCAUCCUUCCAAUAUACAUAUGAUACGUCGUUCACGUGGCCGCGACGAUACGAUGCCGUUCCAUGCAAUUAGUGGCAACGACAUUGUUCUGAUUGCUACAGCGCGUAUAAUUCGGCCGCCAAAGUUUGUUAAUAGCAUAUGCAAUUCAUUAGAAUAUAGGACCCGGCAUUUAAUCGAUGGUAGAAUUCUUGAGUGCGAUCAAAAGAUUGGCCUUGUUGCCGGUUAUAUGGCGGGAGAAGUGCGGGGAACGAGUCCAUUCACAUUUAUACAUGACGAUGAUAUGCCUUAUGUAAUUGUAGCUCUGCGGCAAAUGUAUGAUGACGGAAGAACAACUGGAGAAUCCACGUAUAGACUUUCAACCAAUACUGGACAAUAUAUUUACUUGCGAUCAAAAGGUUUCCUAGAUGUCGACGAAACGAAUAAUGUGGUGCAUUCCUUCCUUUGCGUAAACACGCUACUAGAUGAGGAGGAAGGAAAACGAAAACUAGCACAAAUGAGAAGAGAUUACGGACCACGAGUUUCAAAGGAAUUUCCACACCUUGCUCUGAAGAGCCCCGACGCACACGAUCCGCAAGAACUAGAAAAUGCCGUAUUUCGCCUCGUAGAAAAUUUGCAAAAGCCAUCUGCUGAAUAUGACGAAGACGAUGGAGACUCAUCAACAGAGAGCUAUAGCAGCGAAUAUGUACCACCAUCCGAAGAAGAAAUACGACGUUGCUCAGCUCAUUUCUUCAAAAAUUCAUACUCCACAGUUCAUGCUGCGGGCUAUCGUUUUGGAAAAUCGUCCAAAACUCCACCACUUGCGCUUGUGCCACCCGAAGCGUGUUCGAUCAGAACUUCGAUAAACAGAAGUAUAAACGUUGUUAAUACCACUGCAGUCAAAAAUUUAAGUAAUGAGCAAAUAAAUACGUCAAAUGCGGUUAACUGUCAGCCGGCCACGAAUCAGCAUGCUUCGCCUGUAGAGAUCGACGGUUUGACUACGAGCAGUGAGAGUUGUUUGUGCCAAGGUAAGAGCACAGAUUACUGCAACUAUUGCCUAAAACUCAAUAGCCAAUCAUCGCACUCACUAAGUAAUAAGCGGAGCGGUGAAUCGAUGGAUAGUCAAGAAUUGAAGUUGCCUAAAAGACGUCUAAAAAGCGCAGAAAUUGAGCAUGUCCUUUCGGAUUCUUUGGACCAAUUGGGGAGAACUCUGGAUAAACAGCUAAGUGCGGCAAAAGAGUUACGUGACAAGAGUACUAAAUACGAGGUGCCUAACUCAAAUCAAAGGCUUGACGAGUUAAUGGAGGAACACCAAAUGCAGAGCCAAAUUUAUGUUGACAUCAAAAGUGAAUAUGAGGUCCAAAAGCAGAACAACUCCAUCGAUACCAACACAACGAUGCACACAAUGCAUGGCAAUCAACGCCAGCAGCAACAAUUCAGUGCCGAUGAAAAUGAUAAUUAAAUUAUGUAGAAAAGUGAAAUUAUCCACUGGAAACAAAAUGGUGAAAGCCAGCAUAAGUAGAAAUGGCCACAUAAAACCGAGCCAAUGAAAAUAUACAUAUAAUACAUAUGUAUAUAUAUAUAUAUGUUUAUUUGUAUGUAUACACUUACUGCAUAUAUUUGUAUUUAUACACAUUUGUAUGCAUAACUGAAGGUUUCGCGCAUUACAUACUGUCAAAGCAAUUUGUAGUGAAACAAAUUUCCACUGCAAGGAUCUUGACAGGAGUGAUGCUCCCUUAAAUUAAGCCUCACGCUCAAAUUUUCCAAAGGCAUGUAGGAAGGUCGGUCGGCAAUUGCCAACUACCUCAUUUAUAUUGAAAUACUUAAAAAAAUGUACAUUCAUACCUGCAUAUGUAUAUUUUAAUAAAUAGAGAAAUUAUUAUGUAUUUAUGUAUGUAUGUAUUGUAUAGAUACAUACAUUAUAGUUACACAUAUGUAUAUAGGUGCCAUAUUGACUGUGCUUAUUGCGUGUCCGACGAUGGCGUAUGAGUGACUUUUAGUUUUGCUGUUAGAAUAAAUUUAUGUCCAUACACAUAUGUACAUACACGCACCUACAUACACAUUAUAAUGCAUUUAUAACCACAAACUGGAUAUUUCUGAAAUAUGUGCAAAGGCAUAUGUUGUACGAGUAUAUGUAUGUAUUGUAUAUGUAUAUAUACGAGUAUGUAUAUAUGAAAUACAAUACAUAAAUGAGAAAGGUGAUUAAUCAAAGUUGUUUCAUGCAGCAAUACGUAGUAUGUAUACAUACAUACAUACAUACAUACAUACAUAUACAUAUAUAUGUAUAUGUAUGUAUGUAUGUAUGCAUGCAAGUAAAUUUUACUGUUAAAAGAAAUUUAUUUCAUAAAUUAAAAUUAUGCGAAAAGUUUACAUACAUACAUACUUGCAUAGGUUUUAAUAAUUAGUUAAUAAUCAGAGACACUGAAUUUUACGAGAAACACAAUGAAUACAUAUUAUAUACAAUUUAAUUUACACAACAACAAUAGAGUAAUAUAGAAUUAAAUUUCAAGUCGUAAACACAAUUAAUCUCAAACAAUUGUGAAUAUGUAAAAUUCUAUGUGCAAUUGCAAUGUUUCUACAUGUUUACAAUAAGACAUAUGAAUGUAUACAAAAUAUAUAUUUGUGUAAAAGUGUUCAAAUUCGCUUUUACUACCUAUACAUAUACCUAUACGUUUUAUGUACGUAUGUAUGUAUGUGCCCAUUGUUAUAAAAUUUCUUUAGUACUA